UGUUCUGCCGUCCAUGUGACUGUCUUGUUCUUUCAUCCCAAUUACACUGAAUUAAUUGUUGGUUAACACCACCCAUGUUAAGACCCCAAAUCUAGCACUCCUGUGCCUCGCAGUACUGACCCCCAGUAUGGCAGUGCACAGAUCUUUCUACCGUUUCUUCUGCUGCUGCUGCUGUGAAGAGAGACCAGAGAAGAGUCCUUUAAUCAGUGAUACACUCUUGUACUUUGAUCAGGAGGUGAAGCGGCGGAGAGCCGAGGAGGCGAACUUGUGGAAUGAGCCUCAAGAUGUAUCUCACACUGAGAGAGAUGAUGACCGGGACCUAUACAACUUGCUUAAGAAAAGAUCACAAACACGACGGGGGUCAGAGGGUUACCGCAGGUUGAGUUUUGAUAUCAGCGCUCAUAGGCAGGUGCGCAGAGAUGUGAAGGAUCGAUGGAGGGUGCUAUUGGAUAAUCUAGGUUUUCAUAAUGAAGCGGACUCCCUGCUUACUGUCACUUCUAAUUCAUCGUACAAUAGUAUGCGUGACCCCACAGAGGCUCGACGGCUGCUUAAUCUGUUAGCCCAGGAUACCAGCAUAUUUGAACAGCACAGCAUCCCCCCUGAGAGGUACCUCUUUGUACUGGACCGUCUCAUCGUUCUUGAUAUGGGGACAGAGUUUGUGUCCAUUGCCAGACGUUUUUAUCCCCCUGACACAUUGGACAGCUUUGAGAAGGAGAGUGUGGGGCUUGGCCCUGCGGUCCUGGUGAGCCCUGGCUGGCAGAACGUGGAUGAUGGUGCAGAGAAGGAGGAGGAGUGCACUGAAGCGGAUGAAGAUAAUUUCCUAGUCAAUCUGCUCUAGUGAAAAUGAUUAGCUGGAUUCCCUUUCUCAGACAUGGUCCUGUCUUUAGUUCUGUGUUUUGUCAUCACAUACUCAUAAUAAACAACUGUUAUGCAUAACCUCCCAAAUCUUAGUCACAGUCCCCUACCAAUCUCUUAACUUCCUCUUAAUGAUAAUAUGUGUAGCACUCUCACACCCUUACAAUCUGACUUUUAUCCUAUACCACCCUGGUGUCUUUAAAAUUGUGUGUUUCUAAUAACAGAAAGUAACUUCUCCCAAAACUACUUUU